GGCGGAAGCGGGCGGCGCGGCGGGCCGGUAAGCCGGGCCGAGGGGCAGCGGGUCUUGGAGUCGCCAGGCCGCGCUCUCCGUUCAUCGCGACAGGUGGCCCCCGCGUCGGCCCCUGCCUCGCCCCUUCGCCUCCACUCCCCCUUCCUCUCGCCUGUGUCCCUUCUCUCGCCAUUUUGCUGGCCUUUCCCAUCCACUGCGUUCAGCCCCUCACACCCCCCCGCCCCCCGCCCGCCAACCCUUCUCACUUCUCCCCUCCUGUCCCUUUGUCCUCUCUCGGCCUCCCUCUUUCCCCUACUCCAAGUGCGCGACUCCCUCUAAAACCCGGGACCGCUCACUCUGCAGUCACCAUGGCAACCACUCUCCGUGGCGGUCCCUGCGCGCAGUCCUCCUAAGAGUAGAGGGCUCUGCAGGGCGCGGGGCUGUCGGAUGCCGCCCCUGACCUUGCGCCGGGGCCACUCGCUGUGGCCGGAGACCAGCCCUGCCCCGUGCCUCCCUCCUGCAAGGACAGAUCCCCUCUCGCAGGCUUGGGGGUGACCCGCGAUGGGAGGGGUCCCUGCGGUUAGGCGGCCCCGCGAUGGACCGCGGUCACCGUCCUGGGGCCUGGGUGGAAGCACUGAGCGCGCACAGGGAGGGCGGCUGGGUGAAGAUCCCUGCCACAGGGCCUCUGCUCGCUUAGGCUCUGUUGAAAAGGAUAGAAACGAUUGGAAAGACUUUGGCCUUUUUACCUUAGACACAUCGGUAUUGUUUCAUUUUUUUUUAAGGUCUCAUCCGGAAGAUGGAUCGGCUUCUGAGGGAGAGAAGGAAGGGAAUAAUGAAAGCCACAUGGUGUCACCACCAGAGAAGGUUGAUGGCCAGAAAGGUGAAGAAGCUGUUGGUAGCACAGAGCAUCCUGAAGAAGUCACAACCCAAGCGGAAGCUGCAAUUGAAGAGGGGGAGGUCGAGACAGAAGGGGAAGCUGCAGUGGAAGGGGAAGAGGAGGCUGUGUCCUAUGGAGAUGCUGAAAGCGAAGAGGAAUAUUACUAUAAAGAAACUUCAUCCCCCGAAGGGCAAACCAGUGCUACAGAUAUGACUUACCCAUAUUUCAGUCCUCCUCAGGAACUGCCUGGAGAGGAGGCGUACGAUAGUGCUAGCGGGGAAGCUGGUCUCGAAGGCUCCCAGCAAGAGGCCACCGGUCCACCAGAAUCCAGAGAAGGGAGGGUCACCUCCCUGGAGCCAUCCCACGGAGUCUUAGGCCCGUCGGAGCAAAUGGGCCAAGUCACCUCUGGGCCAGCAGUGGGAAGAUUGACAGGAUCCACAGAGGAGCCCCAGGGGCAGGUGCUCCCGAUGGGCGCCCGGCACCGCUUCCGGCUGAGCCACGGGAGCGACAUCGAGUCCUCAGACCUGGAGGAGUUCGUCUCGCAGGAGCCAGUGAUCCCCCCAGGGGUGCCCGAUGCCCACCCCAGGAAAGAAGACCUGCCAGUGUUCCAGGACCAGAUCCAGCAGCCCAGCACCGAGGAAGGGGCCGUGGCAGAGAGAGUGGAGUCCGAGGGGAGUGACGAGGAAGCAGAAGAUGAAGGGUCCCAGCUGGUAGUCUUGGACCCAGACCACCCCCUGAUGGUAAGAUUCCAGGCUGCCCUGAAGAACUACCUGAACCGACAGAUCGAAAAGUUGAAGCUGGACCUCCAAGAGCUGGUUGUGGCUACCAAGCAGAGCCGAGCCCAGCGGCAGGAGCUGGGGGUGAAUCUCUAUGAGGUGCAGCAGCACCUGGUACACCUGCAGAAGCUGCUGGAGAAGAGUCACGACCGCCACGCAAUGGCCUCGAGCGAGCGCAGGCAGAAGGAGGAGGAGCUGCAGGGCGCCCGCGCACUCUAUGCCAAGACCUGCGCGGCCGCCAACGAGGAGCGCAAAAAGCUGGCAGCUCUGCAGACUGAGAUGGAGAACUUGGCCCUGCAUCUCUUCUACAUGCAGAACAUCGACCAGGACACGCGUGACGACAUCCGUGUGAUGAAGCAAGUGGUGAAGAAGGCCGAGACGGAGAGGAUCCGGGCGGAAAUCGAGAAGAAAAAGCAGGACCUGUAUGUGGACCAGCUCACCACUCGAGCCCAGCAGCUGGAAGAAGACAUUGCCCUGUUUGAGGCCCAGUACUUGGCCCAAGCUGAGGACACCCGGAUUUUAAGGAAAGCAGUGAGUGAGGCCUGCACAGAGAUCGAUGCCAUCAGCAUGGAGAAGAGGCGCAUCAUGCAGCAGUGGGCCACCAGCCUGGUGGGCAUGAAGCACCGCGACGAGGCACACCGGGCAGUGCUGGAGGCGCUCAGAGAAUGCCAGCAUCAAGCCAAAUCCAUCGACAGCGAGAUUGAGGCCUGUAAGAAAUCCAUCACGAAGGAGGAAGAAAAGAACGAGAAGCUGGCGAGCAUCCUGAACCGGACAGAGACGGAAGCCGCGCUGCUGCAGAAGCUCACCACCCAGUGCCUGACCAAGCAUGUGGCCCUGCAGAGCCAGUUCAACACCUACAGGCUCACCCUGCAGGACACAGAGGAUGCCCUCAGCCAGGACCAGCUGGAACAAAUGAUACUCACGGAGGAGCUGCAGGCCAUCCGCCAAGCCAUCCAGGGCGAGCUGGAGCUCAGGAGGAAGACGGACGCUGCCAUCCGGGAGAAGUUGCAGGAGCACAUGACCUCCAACAAGACCACCAAAUACUUCAACCAGCUCAUCCUGAGGCUGCAGAAGGAGAAGACCAACAUGAUGACACAUCUUUCCAAAAUCGACGGUGACAUUGCCCAGACCACCCUGGACAUCACACACACCAGCAGCAGGCUGGACGCACACCGGAAGACACUGGUGGAGCUGGACCAGGACGUGAAGAAAGUCAACGAGCUCAUCACCAACAGCCAGAGCGAGAUCUCCCGGCGCACGAUCCUGAUCGAGAGGAAGCAAGGGCUCAUCAACUUCCUCAACAAGCAGCUGGAGCGGAUGGUCUCCGAGCUGGGGGGGGAAGAAGUGGGGCCCCUGGAGCUUGAAAUCAAAAGGCUGAGCAAGCUGAUCGACGAGCACAAUGCCAAGGCGGUCCAGGCCCAGGUGACCUGGCUGCGCCUGCAGCAGGAGAUGGUCAAGGUGACACAGGAGCAGGAGGAACAGCUGGCCUCCCUGGACGCAUCCAAGAAGGAGCUCCACAUCAUGGAGCAGAAGAAACUACGAGUAGAAAGCAAGAUUGAGCAGGAGAAGAAGGAGCAGAAGGAGAUCGAGCACCACAUGAAGGACCUGGACAACGACCUGAAGAAGCUCAACAUGUUGAUGAAUAAAAACCGGUGCAGCUCGGAGGAGCUGGAGCAGAACAACCGGGUGACGGAGAAUGAGUUCGUGCGCUCGCUGAAGGCCUCUGAGAGGGAGACCAUCAAGAUGCAGGACAAGCUGAACCAGCUCAGCGAGGAGAAGGCGACCCUCCUGAAUCAACUGGUGGAAGCAGAACACCAGAUUAUGCUUUGGGAGAAAAAAAUCCAACUGGCAAAAGAGAUGCGUUCCUCAGUGGAUUCCGAGAUCGGCCAGACAGAGAUCCGGGCUAUGAAGGGCGAGGUCCACAGGAUGAAGGUCAGGUUCGGGCAGCUGCUGAAGCAGCGGGAGAAGAUGAUCCGUGCCAUGGAGCUGGCGGUUGCCCGCAGAGAGACCAUCACCACCCAGGCCGAGGGGCAGCGCAAGAUGGACAGGAAGGUGCUCACCCGCACCGACUUCCACCACAAGCAGCUUGAGCUGCGCCGGAAAAUCAGGGACGUUCGCAAGGCCACCGACGAGUGCACCAAAACCAUCCUGGAACUGGAAGAAACACAAAGAAAUGUGAGCAGCUCCCUCCUAGAGAAGCAGCAAAAGCUGUCGGUGAUUCAGGCAGACUUCGACACACUCGAGGCCGACCUCACCCGGCUUGGGGCCCUCAAACAACAGAACCUUUCAGAGAUUGUGGCCCUGCAGACGCGCCUUAAGCACCUACAGGCUGUGAAGGAGGGGCGCUACGUGUUCUUGUUCCGCUCUAAGCAGUCCCUAGUGCUGGAGCGCCAGCGCCUGGACAAGCGGCUGGCUCUCAUCGCCACCAUCCUGGACCGCGUGCGGGACGAGUACCCCCAGUUCCAGGAGGCCCUGCACAAGGUCAGCCAGAUGAUCGCCAACAAGCUCGAGUCACCGGGGCCCUCCUAGGGAGCAGCCUGGAUCCCGCUCUGCAAGGCCUCCAGGAAGAGAUCCGGAAUUGUGUUUAUUAUGAGGGACUUGGAAUCUUUUGUGUUCCUAAAAACCACAUGUACCCUCAGAAGGGCAUCGUUUAAGAGAAAUAAGCCAGCCCCACCCAUAUGAAUCUUUUUAGCCACUCAGCAAUUUAAUAAACCAGGUAAAAUCCUAGCGUUUCCCAUGGCAUCCCAUCGCAAAGACAGAGCCUGUGACUGCAGACCCACACUCCCACACUGGGCUUACUCGUCCAGGUAACACUUUGGUUUGCAGCACUCCCAAAUCUGCACGUGCCUCUCACAACACAGCGCUGGCACAGGUCCGCGAGCUGGUGGGCUGAGCAGAGGUGAGAAAGUUAAGGCGGCUCCAGCCAGCCGGGCCCGGGAGGCUGCUCCCCACCAACACUUCCCUCUACUAGGUGCAUCUGAAAACCCACAAACCACCUUCUUUACCAGUUUUUCCCAUCCCCACCCCUUAGAAAGCUCAGGUCCCUUUUCCUGCCCCCAUGUCCCCAUUUGAGUUAAAUUCAGAUCCACAACUUGCAGGAGAAAGUCAGUGGCCCCAGACACACUUAACAGGGUAAGCACUGAAAUAAGAGCACGCUGGGGCGUCCACACCAAGGGACUACGCCCCAGUCUGCCCACCUACCUCUUCUCCAUCAUUAACCCAGCGCUCUUUCUCCCGGGACUUCCAACUACCAAUGACCUUGGGGCUUCUUUGCAGUUUAAAGGGAAAAUGCUCUACAAAAUAAUUUCACUUUCAUACAUUUCAGCAGAAGAAUAAAAUCUUUUUUCUGAAUAUCUAAUAA